AUGGCCGCCGCCGCCCUGCUCCGCCGCUCGCCGGCGGCGCGCGCGCUCCUCUCGCCGGCCCUCUCGUCCCGCCUCGUCGCGUCCAAGUCCCACUCCUCGUCCCCCGCGCCGCCGCCGGCGGCGGCGAAGGUCGCGUCCAACACGAAGACCUUCUCGAUCUACCGGUGGGACCCGGACUCGCCGUCGACGAAGCCGCACCUCAAGGACUACCAGGUGGACCUGUCCGACUGCGGGCCGAUGGUGCUGGACGCGCUGCUCAAGAUCAAGAACGAGCAGGACCCGAGCUGCGCCAUGAACAUGGACGGCGACAACGGCCUCGCCUGCCUCACCAAGAUCUCCUCGGCGUCCUCGGCGUCCACGGUCUCGCCGCUGCCCCACAUGUUCGUCAUCAAGGACCUGGUGGUGGACAUGACCAACUUCUACAACCAGUACAAGAGCGUCGAGCCGUGGCUCAAGCGCAAGGACCCACCGCCGCAGCAGGGCAAGGAGAUCCCGCAGACCAAGGCCGAUCGUGCCAAGCUCGACGGCAUGUAUGAGUGCAUCCUGUGUGCCUGCUGCUCCACCUCCUGCCCGUCCUACUGGUGGAACCCCGAGGAGUACCUCGGCCCAGCCGCGCUGCUCCACGCCAACAGGUGGAUACAGGACAGCCGUGACCAGUUCACCAAGGAGCGCCUGGACGCCAUCAAUGACGAGUUCAAGCUCUACCGCUGCCACACCAUCAAGAACUGCACGCAUGCCUGCCCCAAGGGCCUGAACCCGGCAAAGCAGAUCGACACGAUCAAGAAGCUCCAGUUGGACGCCUGA